AUGUUCCGACGUGUGGAAGCCUCAGAAAGGAGUUCUUCGUACCUGAGCUCCCUCAAGCUCCCGCAUCAAGACGCGUACGACCAGCUAGCGGACUCCUGCGAAGAAGACGGUCACUCCAACAACCAAGGCGCCUUGAGGGACGAAGGAGCCCCCAGUCUGCUGUCUGGCGAGUCCUGCGGCCUCCUAACUCAGUACGCAGCGGUGGGGCUCAUGAUGGGGGCUCUACCAAGCGCCACCACGCCGUUCCUCGGCUACUACCUCAACAUGGAAGGCCAAGCCACGACGUCAGCGCGCGCGUUGCUCGCCAUCCCGUGGUCCGUCAAGGUUUUCAUCGGCAUUACGUCGGACUGCUUCCCUAUCUGCGGGUUCCGUCGUCGACCGUUCAUGAUCCUGGGCUGGAGUCUGUGCACGAUUUGCCUGGUGGCUAUGGCGAUGCUGCCGCUGGACAGACCGUACUUCCCUGAAGCAUCGUGGAGAACGCUCGAGCCCAGUCAGUACACGGCCCACGAGAUCGCCGCCAUCAACUACAACGCGCCAGACACUGGAGGCAAGUACGUCGUGCUCAUGAUGCUGGCGACGCUUGGAUACGUCAUCGCUGACGUUGCAGCCGACGGCGUCGUCGUUGAAUACGCUCAACGAGAGCCUAUCGCCAUCCGAGGACGCACGCAGACUGCGAUCUACACGGUUCGCAGCAUCUUCAGCAUCUUCGGCAGCCUUUUGAUCGGAUUCGGGCUGAGUUCGCCUCCUUACGGUGGGGAUUUCGACUUCGGUAUUAGCUUCCCAGUCUGUGCGAUCGUGCUGGCCGUCUUCUGUGUUCCAGUGAUCCCCAUGACCUGGUACUUCGUCUCGGAGCAGCGAGUAAUGGCGCCGAACCCAAAGGAGUACAUGAACGUCAUGUGGGAGACAAUGCAGAGCCGCGCGGUCUACCAGGUCAUCGCCUACAGUUUCUUCUCGGGCGUCUUCGGCGGCAUCAGCUACGUGGCGUCGGAUCCGGUCACGAUGUAUUGGGCGCGGGCUACGAGCUUCAACAUCUCCGUCUCGCAGAUCAUUGGAUCGGGAGUGACGGCUCUCACGCUGGCGCUGAUGGGACGUUAUGGUCUGGACUGGGACUGGAGGCGGGUCAUUGUCGUCACCACAAUUGCAGUAGUUGCGCUGGAUUCGGUGUGCACCAUGCUCACCACGUGGGCGGUUGUACGCAACCAGUGGUUCUGGCUCGGCCUGCCUGUCGUGGAGACCGUCCCAGCGAGCGUCAACUUCAUCGUCUCGAGCUUUGUGGUCGUGGAGCUGGCCGACAAGGGCAACGAAGCUGCUAUCUACGGACUGCUGACGACGGUGGGCAACCUCAGCAACCCCUUCUCGGCCACUCUGACCAAGGCCAUCAACGAGCCCUUUGCCGUGAGCAACCGAGACAUCAUGAACGACUCGCACACCACACGCCGCGACGUCACAAUCACCGUCCUCAUUUCGUACACGUGCAAGCUCCUCUCGCUGGUGUUUCUCGUGUGGCUGCCCCGACAGAAGGCUCAGACGCAAGAGCUGAAGGCUAGUAGCCAACGUAGCAAGGUGCUAGGCGCGGUUACGAUCUCGUACUGCCUGUUCGCGCUGGCGUGGUCGCUGCUCAUUAACUUGCUCAGUAUGUUUGCGAGCACGAGGUGCUUGAAGAUCGUAGGCGGCUGCUGA